CAGAGGAGGAGACACCGGAAGUCUCGACUGCUCCUCCGGGCCUUUUCCCGCCUACUCCCGCCUCCAGCUGGGACUCUCGCGUUCCGCUGACAGAGUCACCUUCCUUUGUUACGCCUUUGCUGAUGCCCUCCAGGCCAGGCUGACCACUUCCUCUCCUGGCACACACCUCUGGUCAUGCCGAACAGGCUGCUGUGUGCCCAUUGAUGACUUUGUGCAAAUUAGAAGAAGGCAUCCAGCCCUCUACAAGACACUUUAUCGAACUUCCCACUAUUGGAACACCAUCUUCCUAAACAUUCUCCAGGAAGCAGGAUGCCAGUACCUCUGGGGAAACUGGUCCUUUUUACCAGUGUGAUGACGAGUGGGGGCUGUGCCCUUGUGUAUUACCUCAUACAAAAAACUUUUUCCAGGGGUUCCUAUUACCAGUUGGCUUUGGAACAGCUGCAUAGCCGCCCAGAGGCCCUGGAAGCUCUGGGCACCCCUCUCAACAUUCACUAUCUCCAACUCACUGACAAGUACAACUUUGUGGACAUUGCUGAUGCCCAGUUGAAGAUUCCUGUCUCUGGAUCCAAGUCAGAGGGCCAUCUUUAUGUCAGCUCUUCCAGAGAUUCCCCCUUUAAGAGGUGGCACCUUGAUGAGGUCUUCUUAGAGCUCAAGGAUGGUCAGCAGAUUCCUGUGUUCAAGCACAGUGGAGAGAAUGGUGAUGAAGUUAAAAAGGAGUGAAGCACAUGCUCCCCAUAUUUUUCAGCUCCAUCAAAGAGAAGGCCGAGGUUUACUAAAGAGGUUUUUAAUUGUCAACAUUAGAAUGCUGAAGAAGAGUCUUUUGUUUUAGUCAUUCAAGAAUUCAUAUUGUUAAGUAGCUUGUGGACAGUCUUAUUUUGGAUUUUUUUUUUGCUUUGUUGUUCUAUUUUCUUAUUUCUGUUUUAGUCACCAGUUGUCUGCCCUGUUGAAGAUUUGCAAAAUAACUGCUUUACUCCAAACAUUUGAAAAUUUAAAAAAAGGUGUAUGUGUACAUAAGCACAUGUAAAAAAAACAUAAAAUAGUUAGUUUAAGCUAACAGGUUCCUAAUCCUUCUAGGUUAAGUUGUUGCUUUCCAUACAACUUAACCACAUUUCAGAGAACCCUACCUUUAGGGUUUUCUUAGCAUUAUAAAACUACUGUAGUAUGAAGCCAAAGAUCUUCCUUGCCUCUGAGCACCAAAAUUUACAAAAACCAGAAAUCGGAUACCUUUGCUUUGCAAAGGCCAAUUUAACCCUAUUAGUAUUACAGGCUUACUGCAAUUAUAAUUGCCCACAAUAAAAGACAUUCAUGAGCUCUUUUCCCACAUUCUUAAUAUCCAUUAGAGAGAAGCCUCUCAGAAAAAAAACUAAGUUUACUCAUUGGAAAUUAUUUUUAUUCUGGAGUUUGUUUCUUUAAAAAUAUGUUCUUUGAAUAGAUUAUGCAGUGAAAAGUCUCCUUCCCUGAGAGCACUUUUGCUAGUGUUUAUUGAUAAAUAUUACAAUUUAUAGAAUCUUUACAAAUAAAUGGUAGAACACUGUA